AUGACUGACAUUGAAGUGCAACUUGAUACAAUUACAGGGAUUCCUUCACAAAAUGAUAAAACGACCGAAUAUCGUUCUUUACUUGAUUCAAUACUCACUUCCUCGGCGGAUGAAACAGUUUUAGCGAAUAACUUGGAAAAAUUUGAUAAGAACAA